AGCGAGCCACAGGGCCACACCACUUUACAACGUUUGGCUGUUUCGUACCGGUACCACCAUCACCACUGCUGGUUCUGGACUCCUGUGCUCUUGGUUCGUGUGUUUUUCAAAACCAAAACCGCUAUUCCUACAACUGCACGCCGACCACCACUGACUGAGUUUUCGAGAGUCGUAAGCAAAUCAAUUAGCAAACCCUAGGAAAGCCGAGAAUGCCAUGAGCAUUUACCGAAUUUGAAUGGAAAACCCGCCACAAACCCAAUUCCGUUCUCUCGGACCCUCCAAUUACGCCUGCUUUCGCAUCCUACGCUUCUCCCUAUUCUUCUCCGGGGGCUGAAUUCACCACACACACACAUUAAGUGACAGAGAGACUUUCGUUUUGUUCUGUAUUUUUUUUUUGUUUUUUUUUUUUUUGGACGGGAGACUUGUUAGAAAGAUAGAGAGGGAGGGGAGGAAGAGAGUGGGAUCAGGGGGAUGAAUAGUUCUGGAUCGGGUGCGGCGGAUUGCAGCGUGGGGUCGAUAGUUUGGGUGAGGAGGAGGAACGGGUCGUGGUGGCCGGGGAAGAUACUGGAUGCCGACGAGCUGGAAUCUUGCCAUCUUACAUCGCCACGAUCAGGGACUCCGGUCAAGCUACUUGGAAGGGAAGACGCUAGCGUGGAUUGGUACAAUCUAGAGAAAUCUAAGCGUGUGAAGGCAUUUCGAUGUGGUGAGUUUGAUGAUUGUAUUGAAAGGGCUGAAUCCUCCCAUGGCAUACCAAUCAAGAAAAGAGAGAAAUAUGCACGGCGUGAAGAUGCAAUACUUCAUGCACUUGAACUUGAGAAACAACAAUUGAGAAAACAAGGAAAAUUAGAUUUAGCUUCUGAUAACACAAGAAGUAAACCAUCUGGCUCUGUCAAGGAGUCAGCCACAUCUUCAGAACAUUUGAGAAAUUGUAUUGGAAAACCAGGGAGUUCUAAAUCUACUAAAAUUUCAAAAAGAGUGGAUACAACUGUCAAGGAUGAGAUUAUCAGCAACCUUUCCUUUCCUCAAAAAGCGAAAGAUGGAAAUCUACCAUCAUGGGAAGAUGAUCAUACUGAAGUCACCCCUCGAAUGCGAGGCUUGCAGGACUUUGGGAUUAGGACUGGCCCUUUAAAACGAAAACUUUCACCUUCUGUUUCUUCAGACGCCUCUCAGAAGCUUCCAGCUAAUGAUCACACUAAAUCUCCUUCUGGGGCUUCUAAGAUGGGCAGAACUGAUUCUGCAAAUGAAAUGGAUCAAACACGAGCUAGCUUUCGGGCAAAAAGAAGCAAGUGUGUUUACUUACCAGACUUAUCUAGUGAUUCUUUGGACUCUAAGGAAGUUCCUCCUGGCGACAUUGAGAUUUCAGCUUCCCAACUUGGAGACGAUGAUGGUUGUCCUCAUCCUGAUUCCCUGGCUGAGGAGAACGCUUCAGAAUUAUCAGAAGAUGUUGAAUCUGAUUCAACAGAAUCUGAUGCCUCUGAAUCUGAGACUGAUUCUUCCAAGACUGAACCAGAUAUCAAUGAGACGACUGUUCAUUCAGGUUCUGCUGCGCCUGCAGUGGCAGAAUUGCACUCUCUGGGACUACCUGAAGUACCAGGAGAGCAUAGAGGCACAAGUAGCGAGGAACCAGAUGAGUCGGAACUUUCAGGUGAAAUGUUUCAGCUACAUCCUGAUGACUUUUUUCAUGCUAAUGAAGCCGUGUCCAAAUGGCAAUUGAAAGGGAAGAGGAACAUUCGAAAUUUUACAAAGAAGUCUUUGGAUGUUGCUGGUGAAAAAGGGUUCAAUGGAUCCAUUCACGGAACUACUUAUGGAAUGAACCGAACCAAUUUCGGGCAACGAGUGUCUGGGCAGAGUUUGAGAUUACAAGGAAGUGAUUAUUUCGAUGAUGAUAUUGAUGAUAUUGAUUUUGAUGAGAAGGAUUUCGGGACCCAUAUGGUAGGCUUGUAUAAUAGAGGUUAUUCUUAUGCAUCAAUGUCUGUCCCCAUGGGACGAAAUAGUUCGGGUUGUACCAUUGUUGAUUCGGACGACCAGACUUGGGAGGGUCUUUCACCUUGGCAAGGUCAAUGGAAAGACAGCAGGGAGUGUUUUGAUGCAGCAUCCAUUGGCCGUCAUCAUUUAGGUGGAAGGUCGAGAUCCAUCUUAUUUGAUGUAGAUUUGAAGGUGCAAGCAAGCUAUCAAAAAGGACGUGUCCCUAUUGUGUCUCUCAUGAGCAAGUUAAAUGGAAAGGCGAUAAUAGGUCACCCAAUCCAAAUUGAGGUGAUGGAAAAUGGCUCUACGGAAAAUCUUCUUUCCACAACUGCUCAUUUUGGCAAUGGAGCGACUGAGCAUGAUGGAAAUACAGUACUUCCACAAGCAUGGAGGACUGCUAGAAGGACCAACUCUCGGGUCCCACGCCCUCUAUCAUCAUCAUUGGAUUGUGGAGAUGCUGCUGAUGGUGAAAGCAGACCACAAUUCAAGAAAUCAAAUUCUGGGAAUUUUAAUAAAAACACUAGCCUUUUUGUGAAGAAACUUCCUCAGAUUUCCCGGCCUCCAGCAGAUAGGAAGAUAGCAAGAAAGCCAAUGAAGAAAGUUAGCUUAUCUUCUAGUCAGAAAACAAGGACUCUGUCGUCAAUUGCUACUGAGCAACAUCUCGGAAAGCCAAUACAUGGUAGCAGUAAUUGUCAAAUAGAUGGGCUGCUUAAGCAAGAAUCAUCUGGUCCCCCAACAGUUGCUUGCAUUCCUGUCAAGUUAGUAUUUAGUCGGUUGCUUGAAAAGAUCAAUAGGCCACCAUUGAAAGCAGCUAGAAAGGUGGUUUUUCCAAAUAAUGUUGCAGAGAGACAACCAUCAUAGGAUACCUGUACAGUAUUAUAUGGGAAUACUAAUCCUGUUAAUGCAACAAUUGGUGCUACUUUACUUUUUCUGACAAUAGAAUCAUCUGCCGGAGCCUGUGCACACAUUGACAGCAUGGCCUGGGUAAGACUGCUUUCUUUUGGAAUAAUCUUGCGCCAGGGAAGAGACUUCUCCUAAGUGUCGAUGUUGCGGAAGAAUUUAAACAAUUGCAAGAAGCUUUAGAUAGGCAGGAAAAGGAUUGUGGAAGUGAGUCGUAUGGAAUUGAAGUAGAUUGAUAUCUUUUUUUCUUUUUUUCUUUGCGAUAUGUGUGUAUGUAUCUUAAGUCUUCCUUUUUUAUUACUAAUGUAAAGUAUAGAGAGGGACUCAAGGUACGGGAAUACCAGUGAUAGGUGCAGACUUGGCCGAUCUUUUAAAUUUUGUAAUUCUGUUAGGUAGGUAAGAGUUGCAGCCUGAUGCUUUUGAGCACAUAAAAUAAUCUCUUGGAAGAACAUUGAAGCUUUAUUAGACGUGAUAAGCAAGUUCUAAACUCCUUGACAAGGGGAUACUUUUUAUGGGUGAAGUCUUCAUUGAUAUGCUUUAUGUUGGA